ACCGCUUUAUCGUCGUCGUUCUAAUCUCCUCUUCUGUUCUUAUUUAACACCCUCUGCCUCUCUUUUUUUCACUUCUCCUUAUCCUCAUCACAUACACAACUGAAGAGCCACAUAUAAAGAUUUUCAUUUUUUAUUUAAUUUUACGUAUUUUCAUGCACCACAAAUAUGUUUAUUGAUGUAGAUAUUGAGAUAUAGAUAUCGGUGCACAUUUUGUGUAAGGUGGUGCGGUACGAUAUGAGAACGAGGCGAGGGCUAUGCUAUCCUAGAGAUUCUGGUUUCGAAAAAAAUGUUUUCAAGCGGAAAAAAGAAUUUAACGCGACGGGGAAUUUUCGAAAACGUAGCAAGAAAAUUGAUUAUUUGGAUAUUUUGCCGGAUGAUCUCGUUCUUUCUAUUCUAUGCAAACUCAGCUCCACCGCGGAUAGUCCCGCGGAUUUUGGCCGUGUUUUGAUGACAUGCAAGAGAUUGAAUGAGCUGGGACUUCAUUCGAUGGUACUUUCGAAAGCGUCUCCGAAACUGUUUGCCGUGAAAGCUUCCCGGUGGUCGGAAUCAGCUCACCGGUUUCUCAAGCAAUGUGCUCAUUCUGGAAAUGUUGAAGCUUGUUACACUCUUGGCAUGAUCAGAUUUUAUUGCUUGCGUAGCAGAGGUACGGGCGCAUCACUUCUAGCGAAAGCCGCGAUUAGGUCGCACGCUGCGGCGCUCUAUGCGCUCGCGGUCAUUCAGUUUAAUGGCAGCGGUGGCUCGAAGACCGACAAGGAUCUUCGAGCCGGUGUGGCACUCUGCGCUCGAGCUGCGUUCCUCGGCCACAUCGACGCGCUCCGUGAGCUAGGCCAUUGCCUCCAAGACGGCUACGGGGUGCGUCAGAAUGUGGCCGAGGGACGUCGGUUCUUAGUCCAAGCAAACGCUCGUGAGCUAGCAGGUGUUCUCCAGGACACUCCCGAGGCUUUUAAAUCUAGUUCAUGGCUUAUUGGGGGCUGUUCUAAUUGUCCUUUGCUCAGUGAUUUUGGUUGUAAUGUUCCUGAGCGGCUUCCUCACCCGGCUAAUCAGUUUUUGAGUGAUUGGUUUGGGGGGAAAAGCCCUGGUCCCGGGCUCAGACUAUGUUCGCAUCUAGGGUGUGGACGCCCUGAAUCAAGAAGGCAUGAGUUUCGUAGGUGCUCCGUGUGUGGGGAUGUGAAUUAUUGUUCACGAGCCUGUCAGGCACUCGACUGGAGGACGCGCCAUAAGGCUGAAUGUACGCCCCCGGAGAGGUGGGAGGAUGAUCAUGAUGGAGAAGGUGACCAUAUUGGGGAUGGCGGAGAGAUUGCCGGUGAUGCAAUGGAUGAAAGUUGAGACUAUCCGACAAUGACAUAUCAAACAUACCCAUUAUAUCCCGUUUUGGAGCCGGAGCAUAGGAUACUUUGAGUUUACUUAUCCCGUUUUGGAGCCGGAGCAUAGGACACUUUGAGUUUACUUAGAAAGUUCGGGAAAAAGAAAUCGGAGAUAAAUUUUGAAAGCAGAGAGAACUAAAUUUACAAUGACAAUCUUGCACACUUCGUUUUGUAGUCUUACAUUAUUAACUUGUAUCAUAUAAUGUUAUCCAAAUUCUCUGUCAAUCUUUUA